AGACGCCCGUUUCAGUCGAGUGCAAAUUGUCAAAUGCUACGGAUGGAAUUUACUCGGCAAAGGCAACGAAUCGAAAACGAAACGCCUCGAUGGGGUUGUGCUAAUAAAUAACAACAAUAAUAAUAAUAAAAUAAAUAACUCGAGCUAAAAACAGAAAACCAAAAACAAAUACAGUGAUGAAAUAACGAUUAAAUACUAGUAGCAACAACGCCUAAAAAUAUACAAAACAAAAUAUUUGUGUACUCUUAAAAUCGUGAAACGUAGCAUAACACGCGAUAUUGUAAACAACAUUAGUAUAAACAAUACCAAAUAACGUAGUUCUUUCGCAAAUCUAGGAAGAAUGUGUGCGGAGCAAAGCCUUGAUUUCAAGGAGAAUUGAACGGGUUCGAUAAAACGGCGUUAAGCGCAUAACUCGAAUGUGAAAAGAUAAUGUGGAAGCAUGUCUUCCCACUCCGUUGUAUCACUCUCAUCUUUUAAUAUAUUAUUUUUUACACAGGUUCUAACGGUUUUAACAUCGUCAAUAAAAUACCACGAGUACGUGACGGAUAAAGGCAAAAAUAUUUCCAUACCCUGCACAGCGGAGGGCAACGUUAUGUGGGUUAAGGAAGGCGGCAACAAUAGCACCAUAAUACAGACAGGUAAAUUUUUAGUGCUGACCAAUGUAUCGACCGACGAACGUGGUCUGUACGUGUGCUUUGCUGCGGUUCCUCCACGUCAAUCUUCCGCCCCCAUUACCGGCUCCAAUGCACAAGCAACAAAUGAACAGAGAAAAUCAAUAACAGCAUCAUUGCCUACAUCUGCCUCGCCAUCGACGGCGUCAUCGUUGAUAUUGACAUCAACGUCAUCAUCGUCAACCUUAUCAUCGUUAGAAGAUAUAAACGUAUCAACAAUGAUGCACACAAGUGCAACAAAUGCUUCAACUACCUCAUCGCUUCCAAUGCCAGUGCCCACAAUAGCCGUAGCCACCGCCACAAACGCAAAUGCAAACACAGUGAAUAUAUCGACGGCGCAGCAAGUUUCAAAAUCUGACAAAGCUACCACCUUAAACAAUAGUGGACAGACAAUGGAAGCGCCUAUACCGGACGCAGAACGGAAGACAGAAGCAAAUAAUGGUGAUAAGAGCGAAGAAGAAACCGAGGCGGAGGAAUACCAAGCUGUCGAAAAGGUCAACUUGACCGUGCGCACACCGCCAGGGCCUGUUACACAACUUUACUUCAAGGCAUCUACUAUUCUAGGUUUUCUAAUCUGGCGUUUUAACAAAACCAAUUCCGGUGGUUAUCCAGUGCGCAGCUUUACUGCCGAAUUUCGCAAUGUUUCGUAUAAUGAGACACCCUACAACCAAUCGUUCGAACACGAAUGGAGUCGUAUGGACCCAAUUAAUAUUGCGCCGAAUGUUCGGCAAAUGGAGGUAUAUCGCCUGGAGCCCAACACCACAUACGAAUUUCGGAUAUGGGCCAACAACCAGUUAGGCAGUGGCGAGGUUGUUACCACCAAUGUAACAACGCUUCCUGAAACCAAAGAGGAAGAUUUAAUACGCCUUAUACAACCCGACUUAGAUAAUUUCGAUCCGCGCAUUUGGAUAAUCGCCGUCAGUGUUGUACUUGGAACUCUUGUGAUAUUAGCAAUUGGACUAUGUAUAGUUUUAUCGAAAGAAUGUUAUCAAUCAUCGCAAACGGAUUUCGAGAACGGUUGGGAAAGCAUAGAGCUUAUACCGAAUAUAAUACUGAAUCCGGGUUUCUGUGAGUCGGAUGGAUCCGAACCAGUGCAGCCGUACACACGAACUAUCAUCUUUGGUGAAGAUGACGAGAGUGAUGGCUACGAGAGUGAAGAAUCAGAUCACGAGCCACCCAUGGAAAAAUUCAAGCGAAAAGUGUCGGUUUUCUUCACAGGCCCCACAAUAAGACGCAUUUGAGUUAAAUCGGAUGACGCCUCUAACGGACGCGGCGAAAUAAAUAGCAUUUGUACAUUUAAUAUUAUUUACAAUUUGUUUUGCUCACAUUUUGGGACGUUUGUGAUUUAUAGUACUAAGAGAUUGCACCAUUGUACAGGUUAUUUUUCUUCAUCAUAUAGAUUUUAAAUUGUUAAUAUGCAUAUUUUCGAAUAUAGAAAAUCAUAAUUCUUCUCAGCAGUGUUGAGAUACAAUUUUUAGGAGGCGAUUGCAGUACCGUUGCUUCAAUGCUAGCUUAAGAUUCUAAGCAACUAUUUGUUAACACUGAUAAGAAAAAAAUCAUUAUAAUACUUGUAAAAAUAUUAUAGUAACAAAAAUGACAAAAGUUGUCGCAUAGGAAAGAAUGUAGGUACUUAUAUUUAAGAAAAUAUAAGCGAGCUUUUGUUACGAAUCAAAUUUUAUAAAUUAACGCCUAAGCAAAUUGUUAUUGAAUAUACACACAUAUAUACAUAUGUACAUACAAGCAAACACAAAGUUAAAGACAUUUAGAAAAUGAUCAGUACGCAUAUGGAAAGAAACUUACUCGAAUACAUACAUAUAGACUCACGAUCCAUCUCAGUUCUCAGUUCGUCAAACGCGACCCCCUUAUUAAAUUUAAUAUCCACCCUUUUCGUUUCUAAUCCCCAACAGAGUGAAUUUCAGCACGAGCACGAGCACGAGCGAGACAAUGUUUUAUUGUGCUUUAUAUAGAGAACAACGCAGUCUAGCCUGUAGUAUUCCUGCAUCCUUCUUAAUGAGCCACUUAUCGUCUGCUUUGAUUUUUAACUUUCAUCGGAUAUUCUGAUGUACGUGUGUUUUUCGUUCAGUCUAUUAGAUCUGCAGGCGAAAUUACUGAGUUAGUGUUCCUAAUUAAACCCGUUUUUAGUUACACACACACAUGUACAUAUGCCUAUGCAAACACGACUGGAAGAAGAUGAAGCUUAGAACUUAGGAAAUUACUACCAAAUAAUGGAUGAAACGAUAUGCAUAAAUAAUUGUUGCUGUGAUAAAAUUUCAAUUGGAAAACGCUAUGUAUUAAUAAAUUUAAUAUAUUACAAAGUUAUUAACUAAAGCAAGCGCUCACAUUUGAAUGAAGAUUGAAUAAAUUGUACAUUUUUGUGGGGGCCAACACGUUGUCUUUUAAACACUAAAAUGUUACUGAUACAUAAACUCAAAUAUGCGUAAAUAUAAUUGUAUCAUUGUUUUUUUUUUUUGUUGUUUUUUUUUGGUACUCGUAUAAUUGGUUUGGUGUCCUUAAAUCGACAAAGUGGUGAUAACGAAUACGAAUCUCUUGGAAUGAGAGAGGUAUUAGAUGAACUCUUUGUCUUCCCUUCAUGGCACAUUCCGUUUCUUUAUUUCAUGACAAUCAAAUAAUUGUAGCGAUUAGCAAAAAUUGCCAAAUUGUCUACUUAUAUGUGGUAAUUGUCUGAUGUAAUGAGCAGUCUGAAAGCUCUAUUAUAGUAGUCAAAUACCUUCAAUAAAUCCGGGUCAUAAUUACUAAUUGUCCAAAUCAAAUAUCUGUCCGAAAAUCUAUUAAAAAUAUCCAACCAUUCGACACUAAAAUGUGAUAUGAUGGCAGAUUGAUUGAAUGGUUGAUUUCUUUAUAUUGAAUAGUCGAAAAAGUCUUUUCGUAUUUCUAAGUAAUCAAAUUUUAACUUAUUUUUUUAUAUUUAUAAUAAUAAAUAAAUAAGCAAAUAGUAUGUGCCAUCUUGGUCGACCACUUUUUGUCAUUUUUCCGCUAGAGACAUUAUUCCAUCAACGUAAAACUUUCAUCAGUGUAAAUAGAAAUUUCAAAAUUUCUAGAACGGAUGGUUUAACACAAUGUGAUUGGUAGCACUGGAGAUUUACUACUGCAACAACAUCUAUUGACAAAAUACGAAAAGACUUUUUUGACUACCCAAUAUAUCGUUAUCUCCGUUUUUCCAACAUCUUUCUUUUACAUGGUACAUAACUCUGGGAUACUUGGCGCUUAACUGCCCAACCAUGCCCAUAUCUCAUAAAUGUUACUUAUAACACAAACGCAAUUAUCCGACUUCUUCACUGAGUUAUCCCACUUGUCAAUUAGUUGCUUCUCUUCCCAUCUGUGGUUCGUGCCUUGAUGCCAUCCAACAAAUGGAGAUCUGUUCUUAAUUAUUUAUUAAAAUUGAUUUGACUCCAGUUGAAGAAACAUCCUCUAUUUGAGAGGACAUACAUAUACAAUUGAACACACAUUCAUACAAACAUACAUACAUAUGUGUAAAGGUAGUUAUACGAUUAUACGAAAAACAACAAGCACAACAACCACAGCGUGGGAAAACUAAAAGCAUUCAAAUAAGAGCCGCAUUAAAUUUAGUGAUCAAAACGCCUUCAAAUUGCAAUUAUACAAAAAAGAAAUGUAGAAAAUUAUUAAAUACUAUUAAUAAAAAACAACCGAAUAGUAAAUGCAAACACGUAUGCUUUUGUGUAAAUAUUAAUUUUUAGAAAUAAAGCAGCGAAUUUUUAUUGCGACAUACACAUACAUACAUACAUACAUAGGUAUUUAAAUGCAAUGACGCUUGAUUCAUACACGCCUUUGUGUGCGUAUAUUAUAAAGUCUUAAAUAACUACUUUGUUAUUAUAAUUUAAAAGCAAUCAUUGAGACAAAUGUAUAAUUUAUGAUUUACGGUUACCCCUAAUAUAAAAUACAUACACAUAUAUGUAUAUAUAGAUGCAUAUAUAGUGGAAAACGCGCCGUAUGUUAGUUGAUAAAAGCCCCCAAAGUAUACCGAAACACCGCUGAAUAUGCUUCGAACAUUAAAAGCUUUUAGGUAUUUCUAUAUGUAAAUGUCGCAAAUUAACUGUAAUAAAAUAAAUUUAUACAAAUAAAAUAAAGCGAAGAUUCAAAGUAUUUUUAUACUUUA